UUUUUUUCAUCAUAGCCAUAUAAAAAAAGCAUACAAUGAAACCAAAGAAAGCACAGGAGAAAUCAGUUAUUGCAUUCAUUUAAGAUGUAAAGACAAUAAAAAAAGUGGGGGAAGUGGACGAAAUGACAGCUUAUCGCAGGUUGGAGCAGAACCCGCACCUUCCCCGUUACGCGUGCAGUGCUUGAGUGGGCCUAUUACUGUGAAAGCAACGAAAGUGCUUCAAGAAUACUUUAUUAAUCUAAACUGAUUCCGUGUUUCUCUUUAGUGUCCCUCUAACAUCGCUGGUGUCUUGUUUUUGAGGAAGAAGCAGCGGAGAAAUGCUUUCGUGGCAAGGGGUACCUGUGUGUUCCAUUGUCUGACCUUAUCUCUUUUGCUCCGCAUCUUUCUUUCCUCUGACCUCCCUGUCCUGUUUGACUGCAGUGAUAUUUGAAUUGUGGCAGGCCUUGACAGUGUGCCCUAAAUAAGGAGGAGCACCGCCAUGCCACUGCUGUACUGUGUGGUGGCACGAGGCAGCACGGUGCUGUCUCGGUAUGCCAGCUGCGCAGGCAAUUUCUCCGAGGUCACUGAACAGAUCCUGGGCAAGAUCUCGCCAGAAGUUCCCAAGCUUACCUACUCCCACGGAAGCUACUUGUUCCACUACAUCCUUGAAGAUGGCAUUACCUAUCUCUGCAUUACUGACGAUGAAUUUGAAAGGGUAACAGCAUUCCAGUUCUUGGUGGACAUUCAGGGCAGGUUCCAAGCCAGUUAUGGCCGUCAAGCUCAUUCAGCGCUUGCCUAUGCAAUGAACAGUGAAUUUUCGCGGGUACUGGCAAAUCAAAUGAAACACUAUUCUGGCAUUGGAAAGGAUGGUGACAACAUAACCAAAGUUCAAGAGGAAAUCGACGAACUCAAGGGCAUCAUGGUGAAGAACAUUGAUACGGUAACGUCAAGAGGCGAAAGGCUGGAACUGCUGGUCAACAAAACUGAAGCCUUAUCAAGCACGUCUGUGACGUUCCGCAAGAGCAGUCGCAACCUCGCCCGGUCCAUGAUGAUCAAGAACAUCAAGAUAGCCAUCAUUAUUGCGGUCAUAGUUUUGGUGGUAAUCUACAUCAUCGUCUCGUCGGCAUGCGGUGGGCUGAGCUGGCCGAGCUGCGUCUGAGGGUCGUCGCCAUCACUGCUACCGCCAGACGUGGCUUCGCCCUGCACGUGUUUAGCUUCGUUUACCCUACACGCGUACACCUCAACACACGUUUUCGUCUAUCAUUGGUUACAAACUUUGCGUGCAUGUAGUGUUGGGCUAACUUCGUCACCCGCCAUCGCAGUGUCGAAUGUGCGAAUGGCGAGGGUUGUUUUCAACGUCCCGGCUUCUGGCAAGCUGGUGAAUAAUGAUUGUACAGAGCGUUUUUGUUUUCCUGCAAUUACAUUGUAUGAUAUUUUGCCACAUCUUUAAAUUCUUAUUAUAUAUAUAUAUAUACAGUAUGUGUCUAUGAAUACACACAACCCAACUGAAGAUGCACAGUGGUUUACCUUAGGAUAAUGGAAUUUACGUGCAGCUCAGUUUGUCGUCGAGCUCGCGUCUCAAUGCCUGCGCACUUUUUUCUGCGACUGCACGGAAGAAAUGAUUGUGUAAUUUUAAGAACUCGUGUAACUGUGUAUUGUACUCAAUGUUACUCGGUACAAUGUUUUCUGAGCUUGUGUCUGUAGUGUAGAAUUCAGUGCAACCUCAGUCGCAUUUCUUUUUUUUACAUUUAUACUAGGUACUAAUUUCGGAUGCCGAUUGCCGGAAAAAGCGAAUUGAUCUGCCUGCAUAAACAGAGUGCUUGAAUGAAGUGCCAGAAAUGAAAUUGUUAUGCAUUGCCUGCAGUGUUGUAUAUAGCCAAAUGGGAACAGUGAGUUUUUCUCUGUACUGUGUAUUCGCAAUACUUGAAGGGAGUAAUAAAUAUUAGCACUUAAUCAGA